AAAGGAAUAUGAGAAUAUUGCUCAAUAAAAAGUGUAGUAAAUUUUAGUGUUUACGGCAGUGUUCGACAUAAAUUAGUAUAUCAUGUGAAACCUAAUUCUAGAUUUUGUGUAAACCCAAUGUCGUCUCGUAGAUAAUUGAAUAACGGCAUAACUCUACCUAAUUGCAUUGAACGAGCUUUGUAACUAACUUCAAAGUGUUUCUAAAUUACUAUUAAAUAUAAACAUAUGUACAUAUCUAUGUAGUCAUGUACAUGCAUUAAGUUAUGCAUUUACUUAUGCACGCAGCUGUGAUAAGUGAACACAUCUUUAUGGCUUAAGCUAUUCGAUUUUAAAGCCAUAAAUAUUAAUCUGUUUGAAACAACAGCGAUAUUAAAAUUUUUAUGGGAAAUCCACUUGUUGCUAUAACUGUUGUUUUGCCAAAUAGAGUGAAAAAAUGAUAAUAAUUGAGGUUUGCCAAUAAAAAUGUUAUAACAUAAAAAAUAAUCUGUGAUCAUAAGGACGUAUAAUAUAAAAAACGGUUAUAGGAAGCCGUACUCCGAAAGGAAGUUAGAAAUAUUUGUAUUGCAAAAUAAAAAGAAAUCAAUAUUGUUGCUGUAGUGGCAGUAAGAAUACGCAAAAUAUUUUGGAAGAAUGUUGUUCAGUUGAAAGUACUUGACCGGAUAUAAGAAAUUUUGUGCCGGUUACUGUCGCGCCAACGAUGAGAGCAACCAUAACAGAGGGCUUAUAUGAACAAGAUUUCCCAAACAUUCGUUCAACAAUUUUGAAUAGCAGCAAAAAGCUAUGUCGACCAGCGACACUAACAAAUAAGCUACCCAUACUCAAAUGGCUACCUAGAUAUCAGGCUUCAUUUAUAUUUCGCGAUGCUAUUGCCGGUUUCACAGUCGGUCUCACAACUAUUCCGCAAGCGAUUGCUUAUGGCGUCGUCGCUGGCUUGCAGCCUCAAUACGGGCUUUAUGCGGCCUUUAUGGGUUGUUUCACUUAUAUCAUUUUUGGUUCUUGCAAGGACGUGACGAUCGCCACUACAGCAAUCAUGGCUUUAAUGGUACAUGAUUAUGCAGUAAUUACACCGGAUCUCGCCGUUUUGAUCUCAUUUCUUGCGGGCUGCACGAUAUUAGUGCUGGGUAUUCUUAACCUGGGCGUGCUGGUGCGAUUUAUUUCGAUGCCGGUUAUUACGGGAUUCACUAUGGCUGCGGCGUGUACAAUUGGUAGUGCGCAAAUUAACAAUCUGUUCGGAAUGAAGAGUCCGUCAAAUGACCUCAUUCCGGCGUGGAAACACUUUUUCACGCACCUCCCGAAUAUAAGUUUGAAUGACUCAUUACUUGGCGUCGGUGGACUCAUAUUUUUACUCUUGAUGAAGCAAGUGAAAAAUAUACCAUAUGGCAAUAAGACAUUUUGGAAAUAUAUUUCUUUGUCUCGCAACGCCCUGGUGGUGAUAUUCGGUACAUUUUUGGCAUAUCAAUUAAGUCGUGAUGGCUCCCAACCCUUCGUAAUCACCGGGAAUAUUACAGCAGGCUUGCCACCGUUUCGUCCACCACCAUUUAGCACAAUCGUGGAUGGUAAGGAAUUGACAUUCUCGGAUAUGAUCAGCACGUACGGUUCCUCGUUAGCAUCAAUACCUUUAGUGUCAAUACUGGAAAUUGUAGCGAUAGCUAAGGCAUUCUCUAAGGGUAAAAUUGUCAACGCAUCCCAAGAGAUGAUAGCUCUCGGCAUGUGCAAUAUUAUGGGAAGUUUUGUAUCAUCUAUGCCGGUGACAGGUUCUUUUACCCGUACAGCUGUGAACAAUGCGAGUGGCGUUAAAACGCCAUUGGGCGGUGCCGUCACUGGUGCAAUGGUAUUGAUGGCGCUGGCUUUUCUUACACAAACCUUCUACUACAUUCCAAAAGCAACAUUAGCGUCAGUUAUUAUAGCCGCCAUGAUAUCGUUGGUGGAACUCGAACGACUUGCCGAAAUAUGGAAAUCAAAAAGAAUGGAUCUCUUUCCAUUCGCCGUAACUUAUUUCACCUGCUUAUUUUGGAGUUUGGAAUACGGCAUUAUUUGUGGCAUAGUGGUGAAUCUCUCUUUUAUACUAUAUAGAAGUGCAAGACCACAAAUUCAUAUAGAAAAGAAAAAGGUCAACAAUUACGAAAUAUGUUUUGUGGAUGUUAAGCAAAGAUUAGAUUUCGCGUCUGCGGAGUAUCUAAAAGAAAAAGUUGUGAAGUUUAUGAGCGGUAAUCGCUACGAUGUUAGUCUCAUUGUUAUAAAAGGAGAGGAAAUUAAUUCCAUCGAUUACACUGUUGCUAUGAACAUCAUCUCACUUAAAGAAGAUCUUGAGGUGCUCAGUUGUGAUCUUGUGUGUUGGAAUUGGAACAUUCGUGCCGCUGGAGUUGUUUGCAGAUUGAAUGGCGAUUUGUGCAGCUUAUUUAAAAAUGACCAUAGCAUCGAGGAGGUGGUAAAUAACUAUUAUUUAAAUCUACAAAGGAAAAAUGAGAGUUCCAUCGAUACUGUGUACACAAGUACUUCAUAGUUGGCUUACGCGUACGCGUGCUAAGUAGAAUUAUUAUUUGUUUAAAGUAUGUAUAAAUAUAAAUACACAUACAUAUAUAAUAACUACUAUAAUGCAAAGGCCAAGUACCAUAAACAAACUUAACGGUGAUAUCAACGCCACUUGUUGAGACGAUAACAAUUAAUGAUUAAAAUAAUGGCAAUAUGUUUUACUCGUAUUAUUCUGCUAUCUGCACAAAUAUAUAUAUAAAUAGUUUUAUUCAAAUGAAGAA